AUGAAAGUCGGCAAGUUUCUUCUCAACUUGCGAAGGACACUUCGUGAAAUGAUUCGAGUCCUCUUUCCUCCAUCGCCUUCCAAUCGAGGUGACAGCAUCUCGACUGGCGCAAUUCGCAUUAGCACACUCAUCUUCUUGAUGCAUACUUUUUCAGCAGAUAUCCCAAAAAUGAAUUGUGUCCAAUCAUUUGUCGUCUUAUCCACCUUUCCAAUGUGCUGGUUCCAAUGCAACCGAAUGGACUCAUCUGCUUCCGCCUACUCAACCCGUCGAUGCUCCCGGCCAAUCGUGUAUGAUCUUGAAUUAGUGGUUGCAGGCUUCACCAGACGCCAACAUAGAAUUGUUUUGUAUUCUGGUCCCCGAGAUUGUCGAACACGUUCUCAGCACAUCCGCGUUCACAGAACGAUGUCCCGAGUGCUUUUUUCAUCAACUACCCUUUCCUCUUGUACAAAUCGCUUUGCUCGCCGACUUGACAAACAAAUGCAAAUGACUGGUGUUGUUGGUAUGGUUCUAGGGCUUGUUGAAAUCAAGCGGCAAAGGGGCAACAGAGGCCUGACCUGGCCUCGGUGGGCCUGGCAACCACACGACGCUGCAUCGGCGACGUUGUCCACAUGCAAAAUAAACGAGUCCGAUGUCGGCGAGUCUGCAGCAACGCGACGCUUAAUCGUAACCGUACUACUUAAAUGGCCGUGA